AUGACCGAUGUUCACCGCGGAAAAACUCCCAAGGACUUUGUGCGUAUGGGUUCUCAUAUCACACUUAAACACGUAAUCACUGGCAGGUUUCUGUCUAGUCAUAAACAAAAUUAUUAUGGUGGUUCUAAGCAACAACAAGUUUUUGGUAAUCGAUGGACACCAGGACCUGACGAUUAUUGGAUCGCGAUACCAGCGUACAAGGAUGACGGUGAACCUGGCGAAAAAAUACGAUAUGGUACCGAAAUCAGAUUAAAACACAUUACAACUCGGCGUAAUUUACAUUCUCAUGGGGGAAUCAGUUCGCCGAAAACGAAUCAACAAGAAGUCACCUGCUUUGGAGACGAUCACGUAACCGAUGCCAACGAUAGCUGGAUAGUUCAACGACACAGUUACAAUCAAAUUUACGACAAUUCAUCGUAUUGGCAUGUAGACGAUAUAAUAUCGUUGCAUCAUGCGGCGACAGGCUUGGCGCUUCAUAGUCACGAUCAUGCACUCGAUGCUGAACAUCAAGAGGUCACUUGUUUUGGAAAUGGACAUGAAGAAAAUGAUAAGUGGCGAAUUGCGUUCAGUUAA